GGCGAGCCGAAGUAGGUCGUAUGAUCAAGAAUCCUGCACCGGGGAGUAGGGUAACAUUCCUUCCCCAGUCUCCAUCCCUUUCCCAAUCCCACUGCAUCGAAAUGCGCCUGUGCUCUGUGUUCUUUGUCGCCAGCGUUCUACCCAAUUUAUGUGGAAGAGUUAAUUCAGACAGAUAGUGAUAAAUGGGUUCAGAAGCGAGCGCAUCAUCAGCGUCUCCAUCUGGGAAGCGCGGUAGAGAUCCCGAAGAUGAGGUUUAUAUCGAUAAUCUCCAUUCUCACAAGCGUUACCUGAGUGAGAUAAUGGCGUCCAGCCUGAAUGGGUUGACAGUCGGCGACCCUCUCUCCGAAAAUCUCAUGGAAUCUCCUGCUAGAUCAGAAAGCAUGUUUUAUACCAGGGAUGACAUCUCCUUACAAUAUUCACCAAUGUCGGAGGAUUCAGAUGAAUCUCGGUUCUGUGAAACUCAUGUAAAUGCUUGCUCAUCUCAACCUGACAGCAUACCCACAAGUCCAGUUUCACCUUACAGGAGUCAAAGACCACUUGGUGGGUUCUCUUCCACUCCCCCUGUCACAUCGUACCCGCCAUAUGGCUCGACCCUCUCUGCUGCUGCAUACUCACAGCCUCGUCAACGAGGCUCAGAUUCAGAAGGUCGGUUCCCGUCUUCACCCAGUGAUAUAUGCCACUCAGCUGAUUUGAGGAGAGCUGCACUGCUUCGGUCGGUGCAGAUGAGAACGCAACCUCCAAGCCCAUCAGCCUUUGAAUUGUCAUUUAAUUCAGGGCAAGAGGCAAUGCCUAACAUAGAAGCUGAAGAGCGGCAAUGCUCAUACAUGAAGACUUUAGUUGAUGAGAGGGUGUAUCAGAUUGAAGACUGUUCUACAAUGGGUGGUCCAGAGCCUGAAAUUAAUCAGAAAAAAUCGUGUAGGGCAUUGGAUGUGAAUGUAAAAGGAGAGGAGCCUGGUGACAAAACUCUUCAGGAAAUGGGAAAUGGGUCAGAUCAGCUCUAACCUAUGUAAUGAAAAAUCCUUUUAGGUGGAAGUUAUGCAUUGGAAUAGUUGCAGAAAGCCAGGAGGUUUGAGUUUGAGACUGAGUCUGGACUCUUUAUGAUGUCCAUGAAUAGAGGGAUGUGCAGUAUUCCUUUGAACUGAAGUUUGCUUGAUACACAAUGAAGUCCUCUCAGGUGCUGUAUAAUUUGUGCAUUCGGAAUGUCUCAGGUCUUUCUCUUGUUUGUUCGCGUAGAGGAUGGUAGCAUAUUUCAGAAGAGGCUGGCAAAGCCAUAAAUCUGAUUGUAUCAGUAGACGAAAAAUUCUACCAUUUCAAUUGGGGGGGAAUUCGUUGAGAAUAUCAUAUUUCUGCCCUUGAUAUUUACCGCGAUGUUAAAAAUUUUUCUUGCAGUUGUAGCAACUAGAAAAUUCUGUCUUCGGUCACACAGACAACUAGAAAAUUCUCUCUUCCACACCAUGGAAUUGAAAAUGUAAAUGAGAUUUUAACGCAUCAUCUGUUGUCCCUGUAUGUUGACAGCCUUUGCAAACUAAAUGCAAUUGAAAUGUAUUUUGCAGC